GUGUGAACGUAGCUUUUUAGACAUCUAAAUGUAGCCUAGACGACGGAUCUAAAAUCAGGCUACCACAGGUCUAAAAAUGAAAGUUUUUUAGACAUUAAAUUUAGACCAAGUCUACAUCUGGGCUAUACCUAUACCACACUGUAUAUUGCUCAACGGCUAUCAUAAUUAUUUUGGUUACAUACUUAGAUCAGUUAGAGAUCAGUUAUUCUACUUACAGUUGCUUUUUGAGAUAAAUAGUUAUCGAAUAAUAGGUUGAAGUGCAACGUCUUAAUUCCUUUUAAAAGUAUACAGAAUCUAGACGGUUGAAUUUCGGUCUAAAAAAAAACUAGACGUCUAUUGCUCAGUGGGUUGCAACAGUUUAGAUCAUAAAGCGGCUUCAACAGCGCUCUUGGUAUUAGGUGUUAAUCACAUUAAUCAGACUUAAAUGCUUUGAUAUUGGAUUUUACUGCAAAAUCUCUCAAAAAGUUAAAUUUAUGACUGUAACCAUGGAAGAUAGCUGGAGUAGUUCUAAAAUCAUCAUUUAUAUCUCUUAAGUGAAUCUCCACCCUUAUUUAAACUUUGACUGUCAGACUGAUGGAACUCAAAAAGGACUCGCCUCAUUAAGAUUACAAAUGUCCCAUACCAAAUGAGGAUUAAACAUGAGAACAUGGAAACUACUUUGAGGUAAAACUGAAGCUGCUGAAGUCAAAUCAUUACAGGUGCAUCAGGAGAGCUGAAAUUAUCUCCUCCAUGGCUUUAAAUCCCUCACUGACUGGGCCUGGAUUAAACUGAUAUGCAGAAUUUGUCAUCAGGGUGUCACAAUCAGGACUCUAACCCUCCCCACCAAACACCUGCACAGUCUUCACUGACAUGUUUUGGCAUCAGGCAGCAUUUUUUGGCAGGGAACCAGCUCUCACCUUGAGGUCCUGUUGUUUUGAGGUUUUUGGCCAGGGAAGUUGGUGGUCUCUAAAAAGUUAACUCUCAGACUGAUUCAAAGUGUAAUGGAGGUAAAUGAAGACCUUACAAUAACUGAAGCACUUCAUGUCAGCUAAGAAAAGCUACUCAGCACAGAUUUCACAGAGAGAUUUUGUCUGCUGCUCUCUCCAAAUUUGGUUUAGAGUUUCAGCUUGUCAGUGUUGAUGAUCAGUUUUAGUGGUGACUCGUCGUUGGGGACCUCAAAUAUCAUGCGCAGACAUCAGUACAAUGUGAUGUAAAGUAGAUUGGGGGUUGGGGUUAUGUGCAGGAAGAAGCACUGAUGAAGUCUCUGACAUCUAAAUCCUACAAAGCUUUUGUGACUGAAUUUUAAAUUGUGCCAAGAAAAGAAACUGGUCAGUGACACUCAAGUUAACUUUGUAACUUUAGUUAUCCUGUGACGUUACUGUUAACCUUCCUCCUGUGUUAGCUUUUACUACGCACCCACCAUGUUUAGGGUCAGUUAAGACCCGUGUCUUAAAUCAGCUGUAAAUUACACUAAAACAUUUCUCUAUCAUCCAAUGUGGUUCUCAUCUCUAGGUUACCUUAUUAGGCUUCAUUAUCCAUGAAAAUAUUGCUUAUAAAAGUUUUUGUAGUGGGCCUCUGGGCCUUUUUUUGUCAGUAUACCACUCACACAGACAUCUAUACUGAACUGAUCUCACAUGUCUGGACAUGCCUGAAGCUGUUUUUCAAGUUUUUCCUCGCCACUGUUACUCAUGUUAGAUGAGAUGGGCCAAAUCCCAUCUUAGGUUGGGUCUUGAUAAUUCAUCAAACAAUGAGCGUGAUCUAGACCUGCUCUUGUUCUUUGAAAAGCGUCUUGGGAUGAUGACUGUUGUGAAUUGGCGCUAUAAAAAUAAAAUUUGAUUGAUUGAUUGAUUGAUUGAUGCAGGGAAAAAAUUUCCUUAAUCUCACAUGAUUAGAAGAGGAUCUGACUGUCAGUGUGGUGACUGACAGUGCACAUAUGAUUUCAGUUUUUGCUCUGAUUAUUAGAUAUUGAUCUAAGCGGGUCAACAGUGACCCUAACACAACAAGUGCCAUAAUUCUAAUAGGAGCAUUUUAUAAUUUAGUCAAUUUAAUUAAUUUAUUUUGUUGAUACAGAGGUUUCUGACAAAGUCAAAAAGUCUCGAUCUAAAAAAGCUAAUCUAAGUGGUUCUUUUAAGCAUUUGAAACAGACCCUGACACAGGAGGAGGGUUAAGUCUUUGUUUAUUAAUCAUAUUUACGUUCACCUCUUUGAUGAUCUUUGACCUCCUACAUGAUUUGAUAUGUUGGGGAUAGAUGUGAAUCCAGGGUGUGAUUAUAACCUCACUCUGUCACUUCCUAUUGGCCUUCACGUCCUCUAGUGGUCGUUUGCAGACAUGACAGUGAAUUGGAGGAAACUUUUCCCCUUCCCUCGUCAGGAUCAUCACCUGGUAUUUUGAUCUUUUUGUCACACACUCGUGCUGAAUAAAGAAAACUGCGCGUAAUAAUGUCAGCUUGUAAGACAUGUCAGUUUAUUGGCUUUAUUCUCUUCUUUUUUCCCAAUAAGAGCGGACUCCUUAUCACACCUCAUUUUACAAAUGUCAUGGAUCACACACCUCUGCAGGUUGAAGGCAGCCCUGCGUGUGUGUGCGUGCUGUGGAUGUCAACUUCCCAUUUUAUUCUCAUCUAUUUGCAGCUCGUGCCACGCCCUCCACAGUCCGCGGAAUAAAGUUCAACAAGUGUCCUCCUGCCUGAGACCAACCGCAGCACCCUAUCAGAGACGGACAGAGUCGAUACUAAGACAACAAAUAAUACUAAUAAUUUUCUAUUAGACCUGGGCAAAAAGGCAAGAAGAUGUCGGGUGUCUUUUGUAUCUGACUUUGUGGAGAGAGACAGGUUUCAGCGCUUUAACUUCAGCAGCAGAGGGGCUUACAGAGGAGUACAGAGGCCGUCAGGGUGAAUGAUGGCUGGAUGUUGUGUUUCUGCGGAGGAGCGAGAGAACCAGAGGAUCAGUGAGGAGAUCGAGAAGCAGCUGCGGAAAGACAAGAAGGAUUCACGCAGGGAGCUGAAGCUGCUGCUGUUAGGUGAGCACCCCUGAGCUUACACAGGUUUGUGAGGUUCGAUGGAUGAGUUUGCGCAUUAGUUGUAGUUCAAGUUCAUGAAUUGUGUUACGAAGUUUCAUAUCUGCUCUCUACACUUCCUUUCUCCUCACUCCUCUCUGCUGUCCGGAUGUGGUGCAGAGCGAGCUGGCACAUCCAGCACAUCCUGGAUGUUAGCUGUACGCUCCUCUUGGUUUUACGCACCAGGGAGAGACUGAUGUGAAACCUCCUGGAUUCAGUUUUCUAGUGGGCUCACCCAAUAUCAAAGAGACUCAAAACUACCUACAGUUAAUUUACAGGAAGUACAGAUCAUGAUUAUCUUAUGCAAUGGAAUAAAAGUAUGAUUGUAUGUAAACUGAGACUGGCGUUCAAAUAUGGGCUAAAUGUGCGUUUGGAGAUGAGUUUUGUCCCACGGUGGAGUGGAGUUACUAUAAGAGUGUCUAAUCGACCUUCAUUGGCUUUAAACUCCAAAUUUAUGUCAGAUUAUGUGAGCACAGUUAGGGGUAAACAGAUGUCAAAAGGGGUCAUGAUCAAACUGUCAUGAGCCAGGGUUCAACAAAAGAAAAGGACCCAGAACAAGAACUUAAUUAAAAAGAACUAAAUAAAAAGCAACAAAAACUUAAUUUAAAAUGUGCAACAAAGAAAUCCAAAAGGAACAACUGGGGACACAAGCAUACACGCGCACACACAUCAACAUACAAUGAACCAACCAGGAAAGGGACUAUAUACACACACACUGGGAAACGAGCAACAGGUGAGGCAGACGAGACACAGGUGAAACUCAUGAGUGAUUAACAAAAGGAAGGAAAACUAGAGAAGAAACACAAGGAAUCAACUACUACAAAAUAAAAUGGGAAACACUGAGAACUGAUGUAAAGAAUAAAACAGAGAACAUGAGGGAAACAGGGUCAGACACAAACUGAAAACUCACAAGACUGGAUCACAGAAACACCAGGAAAAACCCAAAGAAAAUACACUCUAAUAACAAAACUAAAUCAACUGAACAUAUUGUGACACAAACUUUACAACAGAGAGUCUUAAAGUGUUUUAGUCUUUCUCUUGUUACUGUAAGAGAGUUGACUUGGUCUUCUCUGAUCUGUCUGAAUACGGCCUGGAGACUUGUAUUAUCAACAUUAUAUUUGUUUACUUGCUUUUGGUUCACUUGACACAUUUGGUAAAGGUGUGGGAAAAGUGUUCCCACAUACUUUCCACAGAGCACCCAUGACCUUUUGGAGGAUAAACAUGGAGUAACUGGACGAGCACUUCAGGUACAGGAGUCAGUGUUGGGCCUCGGCCUGCGGUGUGUUAGAAAGCCAGAACUAGCUGCUGCGGGCGCACCUCAUGCAAACAUCAUGCAAAUGCCCUGUAUGCAGGAUGUGAGCCGUUCCUCUGCAUCUGCUGCUCUCUUGGAAAGAUCUGAGUAGUGAGUCUCUGCCGAAACCUGUACAACAAAUCAGCAUUUAAUUUGCUCAACAAGUCUUCCCAAGUGUUACCCUCGAUCGACAAUCUUCAAUAUUUCUCAAAACAGUUUCAGACUCACUUCUUGACCUGGUCAGAGUGUCUCAGAGCUCUCUGUGGGUUUCAUUAGGACAGAAACUCAAAGCCAGGUCUCUAGAGAAAAUGAGUAGGAAGAAGGAGACAAGGAGAUCAACAUGUUGAUCAUACUUGGGUUUAAGUAAUGUUUGUUUAGCUUAGUUGAUGUUGGACAGCGAGAGAGUUCUAAAGUUAAAUGUUCUUCAGCUCACAGGCCUUUGAGAUAACUUUGGACAUGGAUUAAAACGGCUUUUUGUGGUUUUCAUUUAUGCCAGAGAUUUCCCGUCACCUGCUGGAUUAGUGUCAGGUAUCAGCUGAUUGUCGUUUUUAUCUCCUCAUAUUCACUCCAUGUUAACAUUUCACCAUGUCACAUCACAGCAUUCCCUAAACCAGGAAGUGUGUGUAAGGUUGUAAUGUGGUCGGACCUGCAUGUGUGUGAGAGUGUGUCAUGUCGACUGACUGACUGACUGUGUUUUCACUUGUGUGUGUGUGUGUGUGUGUGUGUGUGUGUGUGUAUGAGUGUGUGUGUGUGUGUGUGUGUGUGUGUGUGUGUGUGUGUGUGUAUGAGUGUGUGUGUGUGAUAUCAGAAAAUCUUUAUUGACAAGUGACCAUUUUUCGAAGUCUUCUUCUGGUCUUGUUUUAAAUAAAUGGCUCCCCCUGUUUACUUUGGAGAUCCCACUUGGAUCAAUCAAUUCAUCAAUCUUUAUUUAUAUAGCGCCAAUCCACACAAGAGUUAUCCCAAUGCACUAAUCAAAAACUCACUAAACUCACAAAGACUUACUCUCAUCCCAUCUUCAACCACAUGAGUGAAGCACUUAACAGCAUCUAUCAAGUUACAGUGGAGAGGAAAAACUCCCAUUAACAGGCAGAAACCUCGGGCAGAACCAGACUGAUGUUGGACAGUCGUCUGCUGAGACUACGUUGUGUCUAGAAUACAUCCAAGGAAAGUUAAACCCCCCACAUAAAACAUGAUGCAUUACUGCUGAAAUAAACUUCAAUUUUAAUUUUUGAACCAAAAAAAUUGAGGACAAAAAUGUUUCUACAGAGAGUUUAGUAAAAUAUUCGCAAAGUGGGUUGUGAUGAUUUUAAUUGAUUAUGUGCAAACGUAAUACAAACAACAAUAUUCAAUUAAAUAACUAUUAACAAUAAAAAUGAUAAUAACAUGCUGCUUCAUGCUCAUUGGGAUAUAGAUACAAACCACCAAAAUGCAGCAUUAAUAUCAAUCAUACCACCCCUUCACUAUACAUUUUCCUGCUUAUCACCUGGCAACAAAAAGACAAAAACAUGUUGAAGAAGAAGACUGAUGUAAAGAUGAUUUUAUAAAUUUAAAAAGGAUUUAUGUAAAUUAAAGUUACAGUUUUAUGUCAAAGUUGUCGUACUUUGUGUGAAAUAGAUGGAAUUCCCAUCUAUAUAUCUUUAUCAUUUGAAUAAUAUAUAAUCAACAGGCCAUGACGUUAUGAUUCGUAAAUGUAUCUUGUAAAAGCUGAAGAGACACUUUGAGAGAGAAAGGAAUAAAGAAAUUUACCUACAGAAUAUUUGAUACUGGCGAGUGUGUUUGACUGAAAGAGUUAAGCCAGUUUGAUAACCAGUGACAGCUUUGGUGAGAGUCUGUAAAUAGCAAACUACUCCUCACUGAUAAUUUUCUAUAUAACUUGAAAAUGAACACUUUCAUUCAAAUAGUACUGAAAUAAAAAUAAAAGUAUAGUUCAAGCCAUUAAAGAUUACAUCCUAUAUUUGUUUGUCAUCAUAUCAUCUGGACAUGUGGCAACAACAAUAACACAUGUUGUCCUUUCAUGAUCAAAAUAAACAUGACAGUAAAACUUAACAAACAGUGAUAAGAGAGUGAGGCCUCAGAGCUCAUUUAAGACGGACUCUGUCAGGAUGAUUUGCCUCCAUCUCAGUUUUCCUUCCUCUCCUCAUCUCUAAGAAACUUGACUUGUAAACAAGGUACAUUCAAAUGCGAAGGAUUUGUCUAAGCCUUGUUUGUGAAGAUGUAAAGAUUUAAGUAUUCAUGGUGCCAUGCAAAGCAGCCAGGAAAAUAGAGAAGAGCCGCGGUGUUGCAUGAGGGCUCCUCGCAGUGCUGAGAAACAGGGACACACACGAGUGUACAAUCACACACAAACAGACACACAUGCGUAGGCUAACCUCACCCUGCGCAUAUGACAAGAGUCUUAACACACUAACGCAGCAACUUUCAAUAUUCAGGUCUGUUGAGAAGCACGAAUUUGUUAAACAAAUGAUUCAGCAUCAUGUGGUCUGAAGGAGUAAAUCAGGAGCUUGAGCCGUAUGAGACGAAGCAGAACGUGAUGGAGACUGUGAAAGAGAGGGACUGUGUGAGUUAACUGGGUAAAAAAAUCAGCAAAAAUACAGACUGGUCCUUUAAUCGGGGGGUACAGGUUGGAUUAAUUGCUUUUUUAAAAUAAGAUUAUAGUUUUUUUCAACCCAUAACGAACACGCUGAUGCCUGUAUGUGCCGAUAACAAUGUUUGACCUCAACAGAGAAAGUUUAAUGUUCAGUAUACUGCUCAUAAACACAGUACACAACAGUUCUUCACAACAGUAUUUAUACUUCUGUGAAAUUAUGCUGUGUUCCAUAUGCAAAUAUUAUUUGAAUGUUAAUUUUAGUUUAUAAUAAGAUCUCUGCUCACUGGGUACUCUUAUUACCUGGUUUUCACGAGUGGAUUUGGCCCUCACUGUUUCCAUAAGGUACUGGAGAGAGUGGGAAAAGCACCUUCAUCAAACAGAUGAGGAUCAUCCACGGUGGAGGAUACACAGAUGAGGACAAGAGGAGCUACGCUAAACUGGUCUACCAGAACAUCUUCACAUCUAUGCAGUCCAUGGUCCGAGCCAUGGAGAUGCUUAACAUAGCCUUCACUGACGCCGGCAACCAGGUACACACUGAAGCACACUGAGUCUACGCACAGCUUCACUUGAAUCUCACAUGUGUGAAGCUCAGUUUUAAUUUUGGAAAUUUAGGAAACUAUAAAAAGAUGCAGGAUACAAGAGAGAUAUUUGAGACGUUAAAAGUUGCUGUUUCAGAGAAGAAAAUGACCUAAAUAAAGCUGUUGGACAGAGGCAAAAGUUAUGCGUGAUAUCUAAAAUACUUCAGUUUUUCUGCUUGUGCGUCCAUAGAGCCAUGCAAACUCUAUCCUGGAGGUGGAGGUGGAUAAGGUGGAGGACAUGGAUCCCAACCUGACGGCAGCAGUGAGGAGUCUGUGGGACGAUCCAGGAAUACAGGAGUGCUACGACCGGCGCAGAGAGUACCAGCUGUCUGACUCCACCAAAUAGUACGUCUCUGACACAACAACUUCUCAGCUGUUAUAGUGUUUGAGUUGACCAAGAUUUAUCCUGUUACAAAUCCUCUCUGAAGUUGUCUCUCUUUUCUCUCUUGUCAUGGAAUUAGAAAAUUGCACAGAGGGUGUGGAUGUAGAAAAGAUGGAGCAGUUCUCCUGGCUCAUAGUUGUCAUGUUCAACUGAGUGCACAUGGUAUAAAAAGCAAUUUCCUUUUUCCUUGUCUUCAGCUAUCUCACAGACCUGGACCGGAUCGCACAGCCCUCUUACUUACCUGACCUGCAGGACAUCCUUAGAGUCCGAGUGCCGACCACAGGGAUCAUUGAAUACCCCUUUGACAUGGAGAACGUCAUCUUCAGGUGAGGUGUCAGUAAAUUCAUGCAUGCUAUUUGAAAUGUAUCACAGAUGACCCCCUCUGAUGGUGCUGUGAUUGACAGGAUGGUGGAUGUGGGGGGUCAAAGGUCAGAGAGGAGAAAGUGGAUCCAUUGCUUCGAGAACGUCACCUCCAUCAUCUUCCUGGUGGCUCUCAGCGAGUACGACCAGGUCCUCGCAGAGUGCGACAAUGAGGUGAGGGCUCGGCUCAUCAGCAGACCAGGAUCCAGACUGAGAGAAGUCAAACGUGAUCACUGUCGCCUUUUUCUGUGCUGUGUUUCCAGAACCGUAUGGAGGAGAGCAAAGCUCUGUUUAAAACCAUCAUCACCUAUCCCUGGUUCCAGCGCUCCUCUGUUAUACUCUUCCUCAACAAGACCGACAUCCUCAAAGAGAAGAUCCUGUACUCUCAUUUAUCCACAUACUUCCCAGAAUUCUCAGGUACGGACUGCAAGAUAUUAAGUGAAAUAUGAUCUAAAAUAUACAAAAGGGAAAUCAAUACAGAAAUUUAAUGACAGUGGUUCAGAUUGAAGGAAACUGUGGAUACAGCAUAUUACUAAAUCUCCUCCCAAAUGUCCUCACAGUGCCUUUAAAGUAGGGCGACCAUAUAUGAAUCCCCAGAAAGAGGACAGGACUAUGCGUGUGUGGAGUCACGGAGUCGCACAAAGUUAAUUUUGAGAGCUUUUGGGUCGUAACAAGUGUCUUUUAUGCACUUCUUACUGAGUAAGUCCAUGUGACCCAAACUUGAAACUUCCACACAAAACCCUGAACAUUUGAAGGAUUUUAUCACCCUAUUGAAAGGCUCAUAUUAUAUAGGGUGACCAUAUGUCCUUUUUUACCCGGACAUGUCCGCUUUUUUGGGGGCUGUCCGGCUUUGUGCUGGGAAGUUUAUAAAAUCCUUCAAAUGUCCACAGUUUUGUACGCAAGUUUCAAUUUUGAGGCCUGUAAAAAACACUCGUUACGACCCGAAAUACUCUCGAAAUUAACCUCAUGCCACUCCAUGACUCCGUCCCUGCAUAGUCUUGUCCUCUUUUUGGGAAGUCAGAAUAUGGCCACCCUAGUAUUAUAUUACAAUAAGAUUUUUUUAAAAGUCAAAACUGAAUAAGGAGUUUCUUUUGUUUGUACACUGAGUGAUUUCUCUAUAACUCUGUUGGAAUCUUGUAAAUCUACCCAAAAAGGAAUCUCUGUGUCCUUCUCAACAAUGGGAUGGAGCACCAAAGGUUAAAAAACAACAGCCAGGUCAGCAGUCUUGGGUCAAUGAGGAGGUGAUUUUAUUAAUCAUGUAAAAUGUGAGUGAAAUCAGCAAAAGCAACUAAACAAAAGGUCUAACCACGGAAGUAAACUGUUACCAGCCCCACACACACCUGGAAAUGGGUUACUCUUUUUAAAACACACUCAGGAGCGCCACACUGACCACUCAAGCACAGGUGAACUCACUUGACGUAAUCAGGGUGCUGUGGGGAGAGUGGGUCUGGUGGAAAACAGUCAAAAACAUGUUAAAAAACAGAAUUCAAAGAGACUGUUGUUAGUUUUGCAUUAAAAUAAUGCAGCAUAAACCCCACUUUAUUUAGCAACAUGGUCACUGUUUAUUGCACUUCAUAGACAAUGCUAUAAGUUGUUAUGAUAGGGCCACAAACAAACAGAAAAAUAAGUCCUCUAACAGGUCCUUGUCUAUUUGUAAUUCCCGCCUUUUGUCUCCAUCAUGCAGAGCUUUAUUUGUCACAAAGAUGUUAAAAUAUCAACCUUUAAUUUCAGGACCUCAGCAGGAUCCAACAGCAGCUCAAGAGUUCAUCCUGAAAAUGUACCAAGAACAAAACCCUGACAAGGACAAGACGCUCUACCCUCACUUCACCUGCGCCACCGACACAGAGAACAUCCGUUUUGUCUUCGUGGCCGUCAAAGACACCAUCCUGAGGCACAACCUGAAGGAGUUCAACCUGGUGUAGAUAAGAGACGGAGGAAACGGAGGGCAAAAACAGAACAAUUAGAUUUGAUUUAGUCCCUCCUUGUUACCUUAUCACUGAAAAGAUUCUGACUAUUUACUGCAGAUCUUCAUGACACAGGAAAGUUGGUGUUGAAUUGUUGUGAUGUAAAGUUUGUUUCGUUUUGUUUCAUAGUUUUUGUCCGAGUCUGAGCGGCAUUUUCACUCAACUUGAAAAGAGCAGAUUAUAUACUUCUUAAAUACAGAUAUCAUGAAUUGGAUACUGGCCCUUUGGUUUAAUAUUCAGGCAUCUGAUCAUGAGUUGCUUUUAAGUUUUAUUCUUUUAAUGUUAUAAAACACUUUCCUCUCUCACUGUGCCGUUAGUGCCUUAUUUACUCAGGACAGUUACAGCCACUGAUUCAUGACGUUAUUUUAGAUGUAAAUAGUUCAACUUGUGCUUUUUGAACCAAACCUGACUGUCUGUGAGAAGAAACUGAAAUGAUAUUUAUUAACAUUUUAAAUAAACAGAUGUAGUGACUGAACGAG